AUGUCUUAUCCUGAGAAAUUUGAAGGUAUCGCCAUUCAAUCGCACGAAGAUUGGAAAAACCCAAAGAAGACAAAGUACGACCCAAAGCCAUUCUACGAUCACGAUGUUGACAUUAAGAUCGAGGCAUGUGGUGUCUGCGGCAGCGAUAUUCAUUGUGCAGCUGGCCAUUGGGGCAACAAGAAGAUGCCUUUAGUCGUCGGCCAUGAAAUUGUUGGUAAAGUUGUCAAGUUAGGGACCAAUUCCAACAGUGGACUGAGGAUCGGCCAACGUGUUGGUGUAGGUGCUCAAGUUUUUUCAUGCUUGGAGUGUGACCGUUGUAAGAGUGAUAAUGAGCCAUACUGCACCAAGUUUGUGACCACUUACAGUCAACCUUAUGAAGACGGCUAUGUGUCACAGGGUGGUUAUGCAAAUUACGUUAGAGUUCAUGAACAUUUCGUGGUUCCCAUCCCAGAAAAUAUCCCAUCUCACUUGGCUGCUCCACUAUUAUGUGGUGGUUUGACCGUUUUCUCUCCAUUGAUUCGCAAUGGUUGCGGUCCAGGCAAAAAAGUUGGUAUUGUUGGUUUUGGUGGUAUCGGCAGUAUGGGUACAUUGAUUUCUAAAGCUAUGGGGGCAGAGACAUAUGUUAUUUCUCGUUCUUCAAGGAAGAGGGAAGAUGCGAUGAAGAUGGGCGCUGACCACUAUAUCGCUACAUUAGAAGAGGGAGAUUGGGGUGAAAAAUACUUUGAUACCUUCGACCUGAUUGUAGUUUGCGCAUCGUCCUUAACCGAUAUUGACUUCGAUAUUAUGCCAAAGGCCAUGAAGGUUGGUGGUAGAAUUGUCUCAAUCUCUAUACCAGAACAACAUGAGAUGUUGACGUUGAAGCCAUACGGCUUAAAGGCCGUUUCCAUUUCUUACAGUGCUCUAGGUUCUAUCAAAGAAUUGAAGCAGCUCUUGGAAUUAGUCUCUGAAAACGAUAUCAAGAUUUGGGUAGAAACAUUGCCAGUCGGUGAAGCUGGUGUUCACGAAGCUUUUGAAAGGAUGGAAAAAGGCGACGUUAGAUAUAGAUUUACUUUGGUCGACUACGAUAAAGAAUUUCCAAACUAG